AUUGUGUGCCAUUUACCAUCACCAAGAAAGGCUUAAAAAUACAGAACUUCAUAUUUAUAUGAAGGACCAUAAGAUGAUGCUAUUGCUUAAUCAAUGAGAGAAUGCAACCCAAAGGGUCCAUUAAUUAUGUACGUCUCUAAGAUGGUUCCCAACAACUGAUAGAGGAAGAUUCUUUGCUUUCGGUAGAGUUUUCUCUGGUACCAUUGCUACUGGAUAAAAGGUCAGAAUUAUGGGGAGCCAACUACAAAGUAGGAAAGAAGGAAGACUUAUUUGAAAAAGCUAUCUAAAGAACAGUUCUCAUGAUGGCCAGCAGAGUCGAAUACAUCCCAGAUGUUCCAUGUGGUAACACAGUCGGAUUGGUCGGUGUUGAUCAAUAUUUAAUGAAGACUGGUACCAUCUCAGACCACCCAGAUUGCCAUUUGAUCAGAUCAAUGAAAUAUUCAGUAUCUCCAGUCGUCAGAGUUGCUGUCUAACCAAAGAACCCAGGAGAUUUACCAAAAUUAGUCGAUGGAUUAAAGAAAUUGUCAAAAUCAGAUCCAUUAGUGUUAUGCACAACUGAAGAAUCAGGAUAAAACGUUGUUGCCGGAUGUGGUGAAUUACACGUUGAAAUCUGUUUGAAUGAUUUAGAAAAAGACUUUGCAGGUAUUGAACUCAUCAAAUCUGACCCAAUCGUCUCAUACAAGGAAACCGUAUCUGCUACCUCAAACAUUGUUUGCAUGUCUAAAUCCGACCAAAUAAGCACAACAGAAUUUAUGCUUAAGCCACACCAUUACAUGAAAAUUUACCAGAUGCUAUUGAAAAAGGAUAAGUUACACCAAAAGAUGAACCAAAACUCAGAGCCAAAGCUCUUAAUGAAGAAUAUGAUUGGGAUAAGGAUGAUGCACUCAGAAUCUGGACCUUUGGACCAGAUAACUCAGGUGCCAACAUCCUGA